UCCUCCCUGCCUCCCUGCCUAUCUUCCUCCCUGCCUUCCUUAAAUAAAUACUGGUAUUCAUUACUGAAAUAAAGACCUGUAUUCACUUGAGCCUUCUGAGAAUCGCCAGCACGUGUCGUAAUGCUCACACUGAGAUGUCCAUUUCCCGGGAAUUCACACAGGGUUUUUUUUGCAGAGCAACGUUCGUGUCUGUGGUUUAAACUCAGAAUUGAACUGAGGUAACAUUGGGAGCUUGGAUGAAAUUUCAAGGCCUGCACCUAGUUCAAUACAUAAUUGUAGAUCUUUAAAUACAUCUAUGGAGUUAUUAACACCAGAACCAUAUUUUCAAAAGGUUGAUUCACCUGUCAGUUUGGCUGAUGUUUGUCAGAGAGGCCGUGUAGAAGAUUGCUGUCCAGCAGAAAACAAAGGUGAUGACAGAGAUAAAUGUGAUGUCCAGGAAGUAAGAACAGAUCAGCAAACAGUGGAGAGUACGACCAUCUCUCUUCAGAAGUGUUUGUGGAAUCCCAACGAGUUGUCAGGAUGUAGCUCUAAUUCAGAUUCUGGAGAUGAAGGCACUGAAACACAGAUGUCAAAAUUCUGUGAACCUUCCCCAGGACCAUCAAGUAAUGCAAAGUCAGACAAUGCUUUACAAACUUCGAAAUCCUGUGUAACUUCCCCAGGAAAUCCAAAAGAUUCUUCUGUCUUGGAAUGUUCUGAAGACACAGAUAUAAAUGCUCAGAUUCAAGCAGCUAUAAAGGAAAUGAAUAAACUUGACACAAUACUUGAACAACAGCGUUUUAAGGAAAAAGUAGUUAAAAAGCAAGGCAGAGAAAUGAGGAAAAUGCUCUGGGAAGAACUUCAGUCUAUCAGAACCACAGGAAGCCACGAGGAGGUGGAAAACACAAACCAGUUUUUAGCUUUGUUCUCAUCAUGGCAUGAUACAGAUGAUCCCUCCCAUGCUAAAGAAGAUGAAAUACAUACUUCUGUAUUUCACACACACAUGAAUCCUGAAGAUUAUGAUUACCAUAAAGCCCAAGAAAACCAGGAUUAUCCAAGUGAAUUAGAAACAGAAAAAACAGCAGAAAAAGUUCACAGCAAAAAUAAAACCAGCCAGCAUUUCAUUAAAAAGAACGUUGAGAUAGCGAAGGAUUCAGGAAACCAAUUUGUUCUGCUUGAGGGAGAAAAGAAAAGGCUAACUGAACUAUUGAAAGAUACAGAAGAUGAAACUGAAAAGCAAGAUCUUGAGGAGAAUGUGUCUGUCUGGCAGGCAUCAGGAGAAGGGUACACACCUGGACCAAUGGAAUUUCAUCUCCUGAAUGAGAUAGACAGUAAGCUUCAACUACUACUGUCUGAUGGGGAGUUUGCUGCUCUUUCCAAAUCUAGCUCAAAAUGUCCAAGCCAGACAUAUCAGGAGUCUCUGGUUUAUGCAAGCAGAAGUCUAGAAACGGUUCCAGGUGAAAAGGUUCUGCGAGACAGUAAGGAAAAACGUGAUCAACAGAAUCGUCUGAAAGAAAUAGAUUGUCAACUGGAAUCCCUAGAGAGAAGUCCUACUGAAGAACAAACGAGCCUCUCUGAAGAGCAGCUUAAGACCCUUCUGGAAGAAUGUAUGCAGCCUCAGAGAACAAUAAGUAACGUUACCAUGCCACAGUCUCAGGAAUCUCUUUCUUUUGGAUUAAGUCCCCCUUGUUACACAAGUCAAGACUCCACUCUUCACUCCACAUCUAGUCUUUCCAAAAUGUUAGUUGAAGACCAUAUUGUAGGGAUGUUAAUGGCUCAGGAAAAGGCUGGACUUGAAGACAAAAGCUUGUGUGUUAAUGCAGAGAGCAAAAUCCCUGGCUGCUAUAUCAGCAAAGCAUUGGCUGGUAGUCACUUAUCAAAGGAUUCACUGGCCCAAACAGAGGAACCUGAUGACCUAGAAGGUUUACAGAAGAUGGAAGAUAAGAGUAUUACUGAAGGUUACUUUAUGUCAAGAGCACUCAACAUAAAAAGAUUGAAGAAACCUUCUUUCUUGGGUGAACCAUUAUAUUGCAUCAGCAUGAACAAUGAGCCAUCCACAGAGGCUGACAUUCUCAGCAUACCACUGCAAACCAAAGGAGAUUAAAUGAACAUUGAAAUUUGAGGCGAGAGCAGCUGUAUGCUUCUCUGCACAACUGUUUUCUGUAAGUGUAGCUAAACCUCUAUCAGUGUUAUUACACUGAUACAAUAUUGUAUCAAGCCACCUGAUGGGAAUAAAUUAUCAUAAUUGAAAAUGUUCAUGAGUUGAUUUUUUCUUUAGAGGUAAUUAUUAUUGUCAUUAUCAUAUAUUGAUGCAGUUUGAUUUCAAAACAAACUCUUGCAUUUCAUUGAAUUUCCUGGGAGUGUUCUGCCUAAUAAAGAAAUGUACACAGAUAUUGUGUAGCUGUGUGUCUGAUGUAUGUCUUUGUUUGUAAAAACAAAAAAAACCCAAAAAUAACCCAACAAAUGAAAAAACCAACCGAACUUGUAGUUUAGUGUUUACUGAUGGGGCUGUAUUAGAGAGGGUAUAAAAUAUAUAUAAUAAUUUCAUUUUUCUUCACACACACACAUAGAGUCUAGCUGUUU